GGCUGAAGGACCUCCCAAGCAGAGGCGGGACCGGCCAGGCCUUUUGCUGUCCGGCACCCUCCGAGCGAGCCCCGGGAGCCGCGGAGCCAUGCACCGGAAAGGCAGCGGCGGCCGGCGCGCCAAAGACGACGGCGCGGAUUCGGGGGCCGAGACGGGCGGGUCGGAAUACAGCCACGUGUCCUCUUCUAGCAGCGAGAUUUCUGUGUGGAAUGUACGGGACCCUUUUCUUGUUAGCGCACACAUAAUUGCAGAUCCAGGAGAAUCCAGGGCCCUCCAACAAGCUAUCGAUAACCUGUUGGCAUGGAUCCACCCAGACCUCCAGCUCUUCCGGGUCUCAGAGAGGCGGAUACCGAGGAGGCCUAGGAAAUCUGAUAAGGCUGUUAAUUUUCAGCCUGCCCUUGCGGUGAUUCUCUUUCUUCAAGAAGAGGAAAACGAACACCCGGUAGUGCAGCUCCACAAGUCCUUUCAAAGGCCACCUUGGCGAUACCACCACACCGAGCAAGUACGUGGCAAUUUCCUCCCUUAUAUGCCAGGGGGCCAGGACUUUUUCACCAUGGCACAAGGGACUCCUUUGUGGGCCAUCCGACCAGUGCAUUAUGGGAAAGAAAUAAUACGUUUUACCAUCUAUUGCAGUAACGAGAACUUUGAUGACAUUAUGAAACUGUAUGGAUUAAUACUGAGAAGACAGGUUUGUCACGAAAGGGCAGACUUUUGCAUAUUUCUUGUCUAUUCUAAUGUGGACAUAGAUAUUCAGUUUUCCUUGAAGAGACUCCCAAGAGGCCGCAGCCCUCGACCCAUGGAUUCAUCUGUGCUGGAGUUCCGAGUGAAGGACAUUGGGCAGCUUGUACCGCUUUUGCCCAAUUCCUGCAGUCCGAUCAGUGAAGGCAGAUGGCAAACUGAAGAUCCUGAUGGGAAUAAGAUCCUUCUCCAGCAAGCCUGGUAUAAGAAGCAUGCUAAGCCAAAUAAAUAUUGCUGGCCUUCUCCAUCAAGAAACCUUCCCGAUGUUCCGCCUCUAAGUUUUGUUCCCUGCCGUGACAGAGCGACUGAUCACAAAGCCUGCAGCCUUUCAAGGCUGGCUGAUUCGGUUACGUUCCCUCACACCCGUCAAUCUCUCGGUGUUUCCCAGCAAGAUUUGAGAAGCUGUGACCAAAAACCUGGCAGUGCCUGUGCCCAUUCUAAUUUGUUUCAGCGAAACAAGUCUCUUGUUUGCUUGCCCACGACAAGCUCUUCCUUGGAGCCUGCCUCUUUUCAAUUUAGUAAGCUCAGCUUAUCGUUAAGCACAUUCUCUUCAGGCCGCCGAGCGAGAACCAGAGUGAACGUGGAUGACUUGGAAGGCGUUCAGGAGACAAAUGUAGAUACCGGGAUGAACCUGGCUUUCUCUGACCUAUCUGCGGCCUCUGCGGAUUCAGUUCCUGAUAGAUUCAGUCAUGAUUUGGAAGGAACAGCAAAGUACCCUGCACAAGAACAUGGCGUUGGUACAUGCGAGCAGGCUGUCUCUGAUGGAAGAUCAGCCAAGAACAGCCCCUUUGAGUUACCUUCCAUCUCCCUGCCCGGUCCCUUUGCUGGGUCUUCUAGCUCUUCUACAUCGUCAUCAGCUGCUUCUUCGGGAGCUCACUUUGAGAUAAAAUGUUUACCAAGAGGAACACUGGUUUCCUGUGAUGACAGCCGGACAACAGGUGGUGGGAAAUUAGUUGAAGAAGAAUUCUUUAUCUGAACUUCAUCCUAUUUCAUCUCAGUUUUGUGUGAGAGAGAGAGGGAGGCUCUGUGCUAUAUGCUUUUGAGGGUUUGGGCAUUCUCCCGGUUUCUGCUGGACCCACCAUUCUAAGGGCUACCACCUGUGAACCAUUUUUUGCUUCUGGGGACAUUCUCUGAUGGCAGGUGCACACAUUUCCUUUGGGUUUCUGGUGUCUUGGGGAUAAACAGACCACGCUCUUACACCGUUUUUCUUCAAAGAUGAGAUUUUUGCUACUGGAUGAGACCCUGCUGAGGUCCAUUUUCUUGCUACUGGAUGAGAGCCAGUGUGGUGUAGUGGUUCAGAGCAGGUGGAUUCUAAUCCGGAGAAUCAGGUUU